AACCAGAUUAGGAAAGACUAAACAUGGCAACUUACUUGUCAACACAUGUUCAGUAAUAUUGUGUAAAUUUCAAGAAAUAAAUACGUGUGCAAAUAAAGUUCUUGUUGAUUAGCAUGAAUUUUCAAAAUAAAGAUUUUAUGUUAUUUUUCUAUUUUCUGCUGUUGGUAACCAGGUGAGGAAAGUCUAGACAUGCCAACUCAAAUGUCAGCAGAUGUUCAGUAAUAUUGUGUAACUAUAUGCAGCUUUAGUAAGAGUAAAAUUUAAACAAUGUUAUCAACUCAAGACUAAUCCUAUACACACAUUUGCACAGGUUCAGUUUUGGACAUCAGAGCUGGAGAAAAUGCAGAAACGCCAUGAGGGACAACCAAAGCAUGUAAAACAAGGCAGCUUAAGUUCUUCCUCAUCAAAUUCAACAGUAAGCUCCAUUGCAAGCAAGUAUGAUGUGAAUCAACUCAAGAAGGAGAUAUCUCAAGCCAAGUCCAGGGUUGAAGAACUCAAAACAGAAAUGGAUGUUGUUUCGGGUGAAGUUCAAGCGCAGGAAGAAGGCUACGAAAAACUUAAAAAAGUUGACCGAAAAUUGUCUUCCCAUCGUGGAUGCAAAAAGGAGGAUGUACAAGUUUUAGUAGAGGAGAUACAAAGCAUGCAAAGAACAUUGUUUGUCAAAGAACAAGAGAAAAAUGAUCUGAUACAAGCCUUGCUGAGACUCAAGGAUAAGUUGUCACAACCUGAUUCUUCAAAUGAGGUGCGUAGUGGAGAUUCUCUGAUGCAUGUGGGUAUAAUGUUAGCAUCAAUAGACAAGUGGUCACUGCUAACCUCUUUGGGUUGGCUUACGUUUGGCACAUGACACCUGGGCCUAGUUUUUUGAAGGCUGGAUAAAGCUAUCUACCAGAUAAACUGCUAGCCAGUGGAUAAGUGUUACUAUAUCAAAACAAACCAUGCUUACCCGCUGGAUAGUGAGUUAUCUGGUAGACAGCAUUAUCCUCCUUUCGAGCAAUCCGGGCAUGGGGUUUUGCAAGUUAACUGA